AUGCUUGUCGCCCACUGUCGUGAUAUUCCUGUGAGUGGAGUUGAUGCUCUCCCUUUGUCAGGGCAGCUGACAAAGCACAGAGCUCGUGCGGGCGCUUCCGCCAGUGCAGUGCAGGAAGAGCAAGAGGAACCUCUCGUUACUGACGCCGUUUUCUCUGGAUUUGCUCUUCCACGGCUGGCAACCGAAUGUGUUGGGGUCACGGCUCGCAAAACCGCUGUCCUGCGUGUCCUGGCGCUUCCGCAAGCGGCGCAGCUCGCGAUACUGGAUCGGCGGACGAGCCCGGUGUACAAGUACACUGUCCCACCGAAGGCCGCUGCAAACACCUGCUUCGUGCUCUCGGCAUGUCUUCGCAGACUCUACGGUCUGCAGGUGCGCGGACGCUUGCAUUCCGCCGAAGAAUGGACAUCCGACGCACUCUACGAAACGGGCUCCGACACGGAAGGCAGUGACACGGUCGGGGACUCGGUGCCUGUCGGUUGCGAAUCCGCGAUGGACCGUAACCAUGGUUAG